AUGUCAGCUAUAGAUAGAUUGUCGCAGAUCUCGAGCCAUCUCUCUGGCUCCAAGUCAGCGCGGGACAAGAUCCUCCAGAAGAACGCCGAUGAUAUCGUCGUAACAGCAUGCCUGCGCACAGCCUUCACCAGGGGUGGCAAGGGGGCCUUUAAGGAUACUGCGGCAGCAGACCUGAUGGCCGGGGCUCUGAAGGGAAUACUUACACGCUCGAAUAUCGACCCGGCGUUAGUAGAAGACGUGUGUGUGGGUGAAGUCCUGGCACCUGGCGGCGGUGCUACGGAAAUGCGCGCGGCUGCUCUUGUUGCUGGACUUCCUGAGACUGCGGCUGUGCGCACCCUUAAUCGCCAAUGUUCCUCUGGCCUACAGGCCUGCGUCGAUGUUGCCAACCAGAUCCGCGCCGGUAUGAUCGAGGUCGGUAUUGGUGCCGGAGUUGAGAGUAUGAGUUUACACUACGGUCCCGCGGCCGUAUCAGAAUUCUCCGAAUUGCUCGAUUCACACCCCGAGUCUAAGAACUGCAAAGUACCAAUGGGCAACUUAUCCGAAGCUAUGGCCAAGGACCGCAACAUCAGCCGUGCUGACCAAGAUGCUUUCGCGGCCUCUUCAUACCAAAAGGCGCUUAAAGCGCAAGAAGCCGGUCUUUUUGACCAGGAAAUUCACCCGUUAACUGUCCAAGUUGAGGACCCGGAGUCGGGCGAGAAGCGUGAGGUGACCGUGAAGAAAGACGAGGGUGUACGGCCUGGCAUUACAGCCGAGUCCCUCGGUAAGAUAAAACCCGCUUUCGCGAAGGAUGGCAGCAUCCACGCUGGCAAUGCCUCCCAGAUCAGCGACGGUGCUGCUGCCGUGUUGAUGAUGAAGCGUAGCACAGCUGAGCGACUCGGACAAACAAUUCUGGGCAAGUUCGUCGCUGCCUCCAUCGUUGGUGUCAAGCCUUUGCUCAUGGGCAUUGGACCUUGGAAAGCUAUCCCUAAGGUCUUUGAGCUCACCGGAUUGACCAAGGACGACGUCGAUAUCUUCGAGAUCAACGAGGCGUUUGCAUCUCAGUGCUUGUGGUGUGCCAACGAGCUUGGCCUCCCACACGAGAAGAUCAACCCUAAGGGUGGUGCCAUCGCUUUCGGUCAUCCUCUUGGUUGCACAGGUGCGCGGCAGGUUAGCACACUUCUUUAUGAGCUGAAGAGGCGCGGUGAGAAGGUUGGCGUUACAAGUAUGUGUGUGGGUACUGGUAUGGGUAUGGCAGCUGUAUGGGUUGCCGAAUAA